GGCACGUGUAUCCAUGCACAUGUUGACGCUUGUAAGGGAGUGGAGAAAAAAAAAGAGGCAACGGCGUAGUGGAGAGAAAAUCCAGUGAACGAACAGCGAGCCCUCAGCGUAGACUGGCGGAACGGAUAAGCCAGACACCGCGUGCAUGCCAGUAGACUCCAGGUGCAGCUAGGAGGUCGGAGGGACAGAGGAAAAGUGUUAUCGGGUUAGUUUUCGGUGGGCAUUUCCAGAAAUGCAGACAACAGGAAGGACUCCCUCCCCGCCCUCCCAUGAUUCGCUAAGCUCCAGUGACAGCUUCCUGUUCAGUGACAGUGACCCCGUGGAGGACGACACCGAUGUCUUCCUGUCGGAGGGCGAUGCCAGCCGUGUCGUCCGCCCUUCCUCCCGCGCCGCCUACAGCGGUCUCCAGGGCGAUGCCCUGGCCAGCCCGGGCUCACAGUGGGCCUGCGACGGCUUCAAGGGGCCCGAAAAGCUAGAGGUUGGCGCGCGGCGGCCGACGCCACUGUCCUCGUCCGUCUCGUCGUCCAGCACGUCAGGAGCGUGGAGUGCUUCGGAGAGUGAGGGGCCCAGCGAGAAGGAGGGGCCCUCGCAGGGAGACCUGCUCUUCACUCAGAAGUGUUUGGAGUUGCAGUGUUUUGUCAGGCCUAUGCUGGAGCUUCUGCAUGGUCUGAAGAAUGGCCGUUUUGAUCGAGGUCUGAGUAGUUUCCAGCAGAGCGUUGCCAUGGAUCGCAUCCAGAGGAUUGUGGGAGUGCUGCAAAAGCCUAACAGCGGGGAGAAGUAUCUGAACACGCUGCUUCAGGUGGAGAUGAUGCUGAAGCUGUGGUUUCCUCAGGUGUCCCCGCAGGCGUCAUCUGCCCCUCCAGCCUCUGCUGCCCCUCAGGCAGCCCCCAGCUCAGCCUCCAGCCCCGCACACAACAGCACACUGCCACACAAGCACAAGGACCAGCUACACAUGCCUGUCAAGAAGCGUCGCCUUAGCUGGUCAGACACCGACUCCUCCACACCUCCUCCCUUCCUCUGUAAGCGCUUCCAAGUCAAAGGUGCUCUGGGUCUGAGCCUGGAGGGAGAGAGCAGCUCGCAGUCCCAGAGAGCGCCUGAAACCCAGAGAGGGCCAGACCAGCACCGUGACGGGGAGCAGGGCUCCAGUCAGUCCAAGGAGGACGUGUCCGCCCCCCCGGCGCCUCACUCGUCAGAACCGAGCCUCACCUGGGUCCACGUGGCCCCCAUCCUCUCGCCCCCCAAGUCCUGCAACACCCAUGAAGUGGGGGUGGCAGCAGCAGCAGGGCAGAAGGGUAGCUAUUUGGUGAUGGUGGCCUCCCCUCCAGCCAGUCGGGGCAGUCCAGCCAUGCAGGACAGCUCUGUCUCCUCCACCACCCCCGUCUUUCAGUCCCUCAACCCAGUACUGCAGCCCUCGGGGGGGGCCCCAAAUCAGCCCGACACCCCUGCAAGCCGAAAUGACUCACCUGUGCAGGGGAGGGUCCAGGCCACAACUCCACCAAUCACAACGAGGCCUUUGAGCAGGGCGGAGCCAGUGACACGGCCCGGCCCUGUGCAGAGUUAAGGCCGAUUCACAUUUCUGCGUAGAAUCUACGCCAUUGGUGCGGCAUAGCCUCAUGUUCUACGCCGUAGCCUACACCGUAGCCUGACGACCAAUCACGCCUCUAUGAAUUGCUGACCACUGUUUGACCAGAAAUGUUCUUAAAAUGUUAAGAUUGCUGUCUCCCCUUUUCCAAACAACUUUGCUGACUACUUUGUGGAAAGUUGGCUUGCUAUUGUAAGCUUACACACUAACAUUGGAUAGUUGACUAGCAGACGCCUUGCAAAUCACCUCAGACAUAGUUUUUUGUUUCAAUAACAUUGUAAAUGGAUAAUUGUACAGUGUCUAUUUCUCAGUAACUUAAAAAAUCUAAGCAAAAAAAAACAAAACAAACACAUCUGUCUAUGGAGUUUGGUCCGCCAUCUUUGUAAAUUUUUUCCAACUAGCGUUACGCCGACUAUGUAUAAAUGCGUGUAUAAAUGCUCACAGCGGCGUAUGUCACUUGUGUAGGCUACGGCGUAGGGUCUGCGGAGGCUCUUUGUACGACCAUAAAUCAGCCUUUAGUGCACGACAUGGAAGCACACACAGCUGAACUGAAGCACCCUGCACUAAUGGUUUAGAGGGAUGGAGGGAGGAGGAGGAGGAGGAGGAGGAGGAGCGCGAUAAGCGGGUGGAAGGAGUAAAAAGAUGAAUUGAGACUUUUGUUUUUAUAUUCGUUUGGACCUUUGGACAUAAAAUCGUAUUGUCUGAUGUCUAAAGGUCUGCUUAGUUUGGACUCACAAAAUUCGAUGCAGAUAUUGACAGUUACACGCACCACAAUUUCAACUCAAACACAGAUAUGCUGUUGAAUAUCUUUUGGCUAAAAGAAAAAAAUGAUUGUCACAUGGGAAAUCAUGUUGCAGUGGAGUCUUGAGGUCGUGAUUAAUGGGGGUUGGAGUUUUUUUUCUCUCACCAUUACGAAGAAAUUUGGUAAUGGAGAAAUGGUUAAAGGUGAAAAAGAGUGAAGGAAAAUGAUACUGAUAUCAAAAAUGUGAUCUUCACAGAGGUGGACAGAAUAGUGUUUACACACUUCUGUUCCCUUAGUGUUGAAGCUUUUGCUGUGGUUGACUGUGGAGGAAUAGGAGAAGGAGACUUGCUAAAGCAGGUCUAGCCAUGCAGAAGAGCUGCAUUAAGAAUAGAGACUGCAUUAGUACCAUCAUAGGCAAAUGCCUCAAAACAACGACUUCAUAAUGGGGCGUUUUGCUUUGUUUACAUCUGAUGUAAUGUCCUUUACCAAAACGCCAGGCGCUGUGAAAGGAUUUGUCGGAGGAAAAACGUGUAAAUGGAUCAAAAGAGAUAUGUGAAUAGCAUAGCCAAUCAGACGGAGUAUGACACAGCCAAUCAGAGGAGGGGGAUGUGGCUGGAACUUGUCUACCGAGAAUUAACGAGGUCUAUCAACUGAUGUGAUUAUAAUUUUUUUUCAUCAAAUAAUAGGAUCCGGUGCAAAAUAAUAAUAUUGUGUUAUUUACUUUAAAUUUAAUUUAAUUUAAAAAUAAUGGUAAGACAUUUUUUUCAUAGAUUGGAUUUUCAAUCCUGUUUUUCUCUAAAGUGGUCUUGGACUUUGUUAAUUCUCAGUUGACGAAAUGUUCUGGAGAGUUUCUGAGGAAGCAACAUCUUAGUGACAGUACACACACUCAAACACCAGUCUACCAAUAGACACACAUUCACCUAUACAUAUGCUUUCACAUACCUAUAUAUGCGCACACACACACACACACACACAGUUAAAAGAAACUCUCUCGCUCUUGUUUUCUCACUUCUAACCACUAACGAGCAUACACGCACACACACACAGUCAAACAGCAAUAUAUAGAUAAACAUCACCGCACACACUUACACUCUCACACAAGCGCACAAAUCUACACGUAAUUCUUGCCUCCUGCCAACACACACAAACAAACACAUUCAUUCAGCCACGUUCAAAUUCACCCACGUGCUCUCACACUCACUCUUAACACAUUCAUACUUUGUCACACACACACACACACAAACACACGUAUACUGCCAGGGUGUCCUGCGGGAUAAGGUUUUGCACUCCAUAAGUAGCAGACAGGCGUGGGGGCAUUCCUGGCUCUUCAAUGUUUAUUUAUUCAUGUGAAUAUCUGCAUUUAUUUAUGUAUGUAUUUAUUUAUUUGGCAGCUGCGUCUUUGGGGUCCAGAGAUCCUCAUCACACUGAUUGGUACAGGCUCUGUCACAGCCCUUUUCCUUUUUUUACUCAAGUAGUGGAGACUGAUUGAGAUCUUUGAUUGGAUGACAACCGUGCCUUUAUUACCAAAUAGGAUGUGUUUAAAAGCGUUUUAUACUGUGUGAUCGACUUGUGCGUUUGCAUCCCAAACUAUGGUAUAGAACAUGACAACUGAAUUAUCAAGGCUUUGAAAAAAACUGAUGCUGUAUUUUUCAUUACUGUUUCAUCUCCUUUCUUUUGUAUUGUCCAUUUGAACACUCUAUACCAGCAACCACUAGAAGAAAGUGCAAAGCCCUGUGUUGAAAACCAUCACUGCUGAAGACCUGUACGUUGAUGUCAAAAGACUACUUUGAUUGUUCAACAUUACAUUGGCCCCACGUGUGAGCAGGAAUAUAUUUUUGGUGUGAUUUUUCAUUGAAGAGAUUGAUAUUAUUAAAGCCCACUAUAUUUUAUUGGAAGAAUUUGACGCAGCAGGUAUUUAAAACCUUUUUCUGAUUGCCAGAGAAAACUUAAAAAAAGAGGACCAGAGAACUUGAGGAGUAAACAUUAAGGGAAAUAAUAUUUGCACCGAUUUCAUGAGCUGCUAAACUGUAUGAAUUACUGAGUUUCUGGUCACUAUUGAAACAUGAGAACAUAUUUAGAAGUGAAGGCCAAACAACACGGUGUCUAUGUCACACAUCACAGGUAUGCAGACAGGGGGCUGUUCGCAUUGCUUUCGUACUACUGUGUUGUCAGGACACAGACCAUUUGCACUCAUUUGUUUGUGUUCGUUUUUUUUUCAUGUUUUCUACGGCUGAUACCAAGACGAGUGGUCUGAUGUUGCGUCUGGUUUAUUUGAACUGACUUUUUUUAUAUUACAGUAGUGCCCCUAACCCUUCUUCCUCCCUCUGACGUUAUCUGUCCUCUCCUCUGUCCUUCUCCCCAGCUCUGCCCUCUCCUUCUCUCCUUCUUUUCCCUCCUGUAGUGAAUUGUACUCUCUACUUUUUUUCAACAAUGAUGAAAUGAAGUCUUUUAAUAAAAAGACUAAUUUGAUGAUCAAAA